GCCGCGCGAAGGCGGGAGCUCCGGCGCGGUGCCGGGCCGCCCUGCGCUCCGCGAUGUGGGGCGGGGGCUACAACGUCUCGCGCGAGGUCCUCCUGGCGAUCCGGCAGGGGAACCAGGAGAAGGUGGAGCACCUCGUGGUAGGCCUGAUCUCGGCGCUGCGCUCCCGGGCCACCCCCGGGCAGCCCCCCGACGGCGGCGGCGUGGAGCCCGCGGGGCUUGGCCUCGGUGCCUCCACGUGGGACUUCGCCUGCGCCGUGCAGCGGCUGUCGCGCAUGAGCCUCGGCGAGCAGCACCACCCCUUCUGGGAGGAGGUGACGAGCCUGUUCUCAGAGCACGUGCAGUCGCUGGACCACCGGGAGCUCGCAGUCGUCUGCAACGCGUUCGCGACUGGCGCUCCGGACAGGCUGGCUGGCGGGCUGGGCGACGCGCUCCUCUAG